CUUCGCAGCCCCUUCAGUGCCCCCCCCUUCCGGGCCCCCCUCCAGGCGAGUCUGGACCCUUGGCCCCUGCUCCUCCUUCGCCUUCUCUUUGCUGCUUCCUUUGCUUUGUGGCCUUUCUCUCCGUCCCCAGAGCCGCCUGGGAGCUGCCUCGAGCUCUAGAGCGCGCCGAGGGGCCCUGCGGCGGGUGCGCGUGAGCGGGCCGAGGGGUGGCGGCGCGCGGGUGGACCCCGCGGCGGCGUGGGGAAGGCUGUCCCCCACCUUCGGGCCGAGCCCGCGUGCGGGGAGCGAGGUUCCGUCGCGGCGCCCCCUGAGUCCCGGGCGUGCAGAGGGCGAGUGUGCGUGAGUGUGAACCCGCCUCGCCGCCGGGCGUGCGAGUGUCUGGGCCGACCGCAGCUCCACCGGCGACGCAGCCCCACAGCCACGCUCUCAGGCCUCCCUCUGCCAACUUGGGCGAGUCUGAAAAGGGGCGAAAGUCUCCGUGCUCGCUCGCCCCACCCCCUCGCAGCCGGGCCGCCCCGACCACAGCCCUGGGGGCACCGCUCUCCGCCGCGGCCCCCAGCUGGGGACGGUUGGCCCCUGAACUCGCCCGUCCAGCCCAACCGCCCCGGCGGCUUCUCCCAGCCCUCGGGGCCGUCCCGAGCGGCCCGGCGAGGCGUCGAGCACUGCCCCAGCUCCCGCCUCCUCGCCUGCCCGGCCCUGGGAGGGAGCUUUUGGCCCAUGCGAACCCCGGGUCCCUCAGCGGCCUAGGGCGGGCGGCUCCGGCGGCCUGGCCAACCCCGUGGCCCCCGGGACGGCACGGAGCGCGCGCCCUUGGAUGAGGUCCCGCAGCGACGCCCCGGCCCGCCCCGCUCCUCCUCCUGCCCGGCCAAGCUGCCUCCCAUUUGGGGAGUUUUGUGGGCUUUCUUUCUCCUCCUCCAACCUCCGCGGAGGCCACGACUCAGGCGCCGCAGCCGGGGGCCGCCUCCAUGAUGCGGGGCGGCAGCUGGUGAAAUCAGCGAAACCGAGCUUGGCCUGAAGCAGGCCGCGCGGGAGGCCAAGACCAUGGCCAUAGCCACGUCGGCCCAGCUGGCCCGGGCACUGUACGACAACACCGCUGAGUCCCCCCAGGAGCUAUCCUUCCGCCGAGGGGAUGUCCUCCGGGUCCUGCAAAGGGAGGGCGCUGGUGGCCUGGAUGGCUGGUGCCUCUGCUCGCUGCAUGGCCAGCAGGGCAUUGUGCCCGCCAACAGAGUGAAGCUCCUUCCUGCCGGCCCAGCACCCCAGCCCAGCCUCACCCAGGAGCCCCCCGCCCAGCCUGGCUCACCAUCUCCAGCCCCAGAGCACAGCAAUGAGGACCAGGAGAUAUAUGUGGUACCACCCCCAGCUCGGCCCUGUCCUACCAUAGGACCUCAGGCCGGACCCUGCCUGCCCUCCCCCGAUCCCAUCUACAAGGUCCCCAGAGGGAGUGGGACCCAGACGGCCACCCCUGGAGACACCCUGGAGGUCUAUGACGUGCCCCCCACGGCCCUCCGAGUUCCCUCCAGUGGUCCCUACGACUCCCCUGCCUCCUUCAGCCGCCCUCUGGCCCAGGGUGCCCUGCAGCCCCCUGGAGAGGAUGAAGCUCCCUACGAUGUCCCUUUGGCCCCAAAGCUGCCAUCAGAGCUGGAAGCAGAUCUGGAAUGGGAAGGGGGCCGGGAACCCGAGCCCCCCCUCUACGCUGCCCCCUCCAACCUGAAACGGGCCUCAGCCUUGCUCAACCUGUACGAAGCGCCGGAGGAACUGCUAGCAGAUGGGGAAGGUGGAGGCACUGAUGAGGGCAUCUACGAUGUGCCCCUGCUGGGACCAGAGGCGCCUCCUUCUCCAGAGCCCCCAGGAGCCUCGGCCUCCAAUGACCUGGACGCUUUGGCCCUGCUUCUAGCCAGAAGCCCCCCACUCCCACACAGGCCCCGCUUGCCCUCAGCUGAGAGCCUGUCUCGCCGCCCUUUGCCUGCCCUGCCUGUCCCUGAGGCCCCCAGCCCUUCCCCCGCUCCCUCUCCUGCUCCAGGCCGGAAAGGCAGCAUUCAGGACCGACCUCUACCCCCACCCCCACCCCGCCUGCCGGGCUAUGGGGGCCCCAAGGUUGAGGAGGAUCCAGAGGGCAGGGAGGUAGAGGACGAUCCAGCAGGACCCCACAAUGAAUAUGAGGGCAUCCCAAUGGCUGAAGAGUACGACUAUGUCCACCUGAAGGGCAUGGAGAAAGCUCAGGGAUGUAGGCCCCUGGAUAAAGCCUGCCCAGGGGAUCCUGAACUGCUGGAGAGGGGGCUUCCGGAGCAGCAGGAGGCCCCAUGCCCGGAGGAGCCACUGGAUCUGCCCACUGGAGACCUGCAGCUCCUGCACUUCUACGCAGGCCAGUGCCAGAGCCACUACUCAGCCCUGCAGGCUGCAGUGGCGGCCCUCACAUCCAGCACCCAGGCCAACCAGCCCCCACGCCUCUUCGUGCCCCACGGCAAACGGGUGGUGGUGGCUGCUCACCGCCUGGUGUUUGUUGGGGACACUCUGGGCCGGCUGGCAGCCUCCGCUCCUCUGCGAGCCCAGGUUGGGGCUGCAGGGACAGCACUGGGCCAGGCACUGCGGGCCACCGUCCUGGCUGUCAAGGGGGCUGCCCUGGGCUACCCAUCCCACCCUGCGGCCCAAGAGAUGGCGCAGUGUGUGGCGGCACUGGCAGGGCAGGCCUUGCAGUUCACCACUCUGCUCUCCAGCCUGGCCCCCUGAGCCCCCCUUGGCCCUGUUCUGCCUCUCUUCUGCCUGCCAGAGCCCCCUGCUGGGACUUGGGCCACCUCCGGAGGGCUCUGUUUUAAGGACCAGGAGAGGUGUGGGCAUCUUUCCCUUUCCGGUCAUCUCAGUCUCUCACAGAGAUGUCCCUCCCCCUCCCACAGCUUUUUGUACGAACCAUUUUGUAUAAAUUAUUUAUAUUUAAUAGUAUUCCCUGUUUUGUCAGGGGCAGGGAGAAACUGGACUCUUUUGUCUUAGCCUGUGGUGGGGAGAUUCUUGAUCACCGCACCUCUGGAAACAUGGCCCGCAGAGAAUCAGCUGGCUGAAACCUGGGGCCGCCCGAAGCCCCUUUCUUGUCGUGGUUCUUGACUCUAGAACAUAAGCACUCACUGCUGGCUGAGAGUGAGGGCAGGACAUGGAUCACCCAGAAUGUGGAGGUCUGGGAGAGGCCUGAGGGCUCCUCCCCACAGGAGGCUGGAAAGAGCUGGGCCUGAGUGAGCCCUGCUAUCUAGUUCUCUGACUCUGCUUCUUGGGUGCUUGGGGGAGGGGCCAAGCCUGGUGCCCCUUGCCUAAACUGAUGGGCACACACACCUUAGGUUUGGGGGGAGAUUUUGCUGUUAUUUUCAGUAAUAACUCAUUCGGUGGGUUUCAGCUCCCAUGAUGUGCCAAGCACAGUUCUGAAGGCGCAUUGUGGAAUGGGAUGAAUAAAACUGAGUCAGUUAAAAUAAAUUAAAAAAAAAAAAACCUGCCACAGAUUUGACAGUUGCUGGUAAUGGAAAUAAACAGGGUGAUGUGAGGGACUAAUUGGAUGAGGGAGAGACCAUUGAAGGAGACUUUGGACAGGACGUUGGGGAGGUAAUAUCUGAGCUGAGGCCCCAGGGAUGAGAGCACCAAGAAGAGUCUGAUCCUAGCAUUCCCAGAAGGCAGACACUGAUAACUGACUGGGGUCCUUUCCUGCAAGACUUCAUUGCCACAUGAUGUCAAUAGAGAGGUGCAGAGAGGUUGGCCUCACAAGAGCCCUGAAAGAUGCCGAGCUGAAGAGAUCACCCCCAGUGAAGGCCUGUCCUCGCAUGGUGCCACAGCACGACUCUGGCCAACUGGACAGUGCUGGUGGCUGGCCUGGGUGCCCACUCCCUUAGGUUAAGGCAAGAAGGUUUGGCUCCUUCAGCCCCCCUUCCUAGGCCUCCUGCUGACUGUCCUCUAGACAAACUUUUUAUUAGAGGAGCCAAGGGUCCUCUUGUGAAUGCAAUGUGCUGUUAGUCCAUAGUCCUAAAGCAUUGGUGACAAUGACAAGCCAUGGCUUAGAUGGGAGAUCACUGCAGCCACUUACCACAGGGAAAAAGUCCAAGCCACAGAUCCAUGGCUUCCCUUGUAUUUUCCCCAGAUGACACCUUGGCACCGUGACUGGAUUAGAGGCACCCCAAACUUCAGUCACAGUCUGAGUCUUUUGCCUCCCCCAAUGCCUUGUCUUCUCCAUUUUUGGCUCCUUCUUUCUCAUUUCACUCUCAAAACUCCCAGAUUCUAGGGUCACCCAAAUUCACCCUUGUGUGCUGAAGAUAUAACGGCUAUUCUCCAUCAUCUCCCAGAAAGAAUGUUGAGAGAACAAGCCAGAAAGAGAGUCCGAGAUUUCAGUGCAAGUCCCAGGUCUGCCAUGCACCUGCGUGUGUGCAGGUAGCUCCUCUCAGUCCUUCUGAGUCCUGGUGUUACCUUUAGUAGGAGAAUGAUCAUAAUGAUCUCACAGGGUUGUGAGGCUGUAACAAGAUAAUGCAUGUGAAUGACCCAGUGCCACAUAAAGGUGAGGGGUUAUAUAUAAUUCCAGGACAGACACAGCACAAUUGAAUCUCCAAGGAAUGUUGGCUGUGAACACACCAAAGUAAACCUUAAAGAGAUACUGAAAUGAGUUAGGGUAGAAGAGCAGUGGGAAGCUGCUUAAUGGAUUAGAAGAGUUCCCAUAUCUGGAAAAUUUCUGAACAGAGGGGACAAAUUGGAAGUGUGUGGCUCAGUGGAGAGCAGAGGCAAUGGAUUUCCUGGCUGAGACUAUCUGCACACUCCUUUCUAGCCCUUACCCUUAGACUAGAGAAUAUAGUAUCUAUUAGGUAUUAAAUCUCUUAGAGAAGUAAGUCUCUGAUGUGGUUAUACAUAUACCUGGGGAUCUGGUUAAGAGGGAGAUUAUGAUUCAAGGGCUUGAAUCAUAUGAUUCAAGGACUUAAGUCACACUUUGAGUAGCAAGUCCAGGGGUUAGCCAAGGCUUCGCUGAGGCAGAUAAUGCUUGAGCUGAUAACUGAGGGAUGAGAACUUGACUAGGGGAGGAGAAGACCUCAGGCAUAAAGACCAACUAGUGCAAGGGCCCUGUGUCAUUGGGGAAACUGAAAGAAGGCCAGUAUGAUGAGUGCAGUCUGGGGAGAGAAGCGAGGUGAAGCACCAGGGAGCAUGGGAUCAAGCCUGCAGGAGCAUGUAUGAGGCUUCUGGAAUUUACCUUGUUGGUGAGGAGGAGCCAUUAAAGGCUAUUAAGCAGGAAAGGGGCACAAACAGAUCUGCAUUUUUUUAAAAAAUCACUCCACCUGCUCUAGCAAUAAGGUUAGGGGAAAGGAAGCAGAAAAAAUGUGGGUGCAGAAUACGUUAGAAGGCCAAGCAGUCUGGGCAAAAGAUAGCUUGACUAACGGUGGUAGAGAUGUAGAGAAGCCGAGUGAAAACUACAUAGGAAGUAAAAGGACAGCAUUUUGUAAAGGAUUUGGCACGGAGGUAAAGAGGAGGCAUUGUGAGGGCUGUUGCCUGAGCACCUGGCCAUGGUUGAGUGACAAGGGUAUCAUUCACUGGGGGAAAGAAGCAGUGGAGGACAACCACAUUACAGGGGGAAGAGCAUGGGUUUGGUCUUGAAUGUAUUGAGUUUGAGGUCCCUGGGAGUCACCCAAGGUUAAGAGGAUGAAUAAGAGGUGGCUUCAUAGGUCUGGGGAUCAGAAGAGAGAUGGGAGCUGGAGAUAUAGAUCUGGAUAUCAGGUUUGUGUUGUUUAUAUUGGGGGUGAAUGAGGCCAUGGACAUGGGUGAGAUUUCAGGGUGGGAAUGGUGAAAUGAGAGGAGGACCCAGGACCAAGUUUCAGGCUCACAGACACAAUGAUGGUGAAGAGGAGGAGGAAUCUGCAUGGGGAAGAGGAGAAAGAGAAAGAAAAUGAGAAAUGUGUGAGACUUAGCCACUAAGAAAGUGUUUAGAGGAGUGCUUACAGUGCUAAAUGAUGUUAAAAAAAAAAUGACAAGAGAGGGUGGUCUUGUGGACGACCGCAGCUGGGGCUCCUUACAGGGUCCAACCCAGUCUUCCAUGUGCAUCCCCUGAACUGCAGUUGCCAGUAAACACGCUGUCUCCCAAGUAAGCUACUCCAAGGUGGUCUUGUCCAUUUCGUCAUCCCCCAAAGCCUAGCACAAGGCCAGGCACAUAAUAGACGCUCAAUAAAUUUUACGAAUGAGUGGAUGGAUGGCAAGAUGGCUGGAUGAAUGAAUGAUGAGGAAGAACUGGAAGCAAAGAAGGACUCUGGCAACUGCCUGGGUAGCGACUAUCCUUCAGCUUUCUUCCCUUUCUACUGCAAUGGCCUGCAGACCCAGGGAACAGAGACAGAGCCCCUGGGCCCUGGCCCCCCUUCCUCCCUCUGACGAAAAGUCUGGACCGAAGGUUCUGCUGACGUGGGAAGGGGAGGAGAGUCUGGAGGAAGGGGAGGGGAAAGCAGCGCAGAGAUCGCAGAGACGAAGGAGGCGCCCGCGGCUGCAGAGCUGCAGAGCGGGGUCUCACUGUGUCCAGGCAUCGGGCUCCCCACUGGGCCAAAGGACAGCGCAUCCUUUUGGUGCGGGCCGGCAGGGCCCCUGCGGUCGGCAAACUGGCUCCCCGGGUGGCCACCGGGACCCC